AUGAAAGGUGGAAUCUUGGAGGUGUUUCUUGAAAGUGCAAAAGGCAUUAGACACACCAAUCUCAUUGGGAAACCGAAGUAUUAUGUCAUCAUUGAAUGUGGGAUUCAACAACACAAAAGCAAAUCGUCUAAGGGAGAUCAUCACAAUGUUUCUUGGAACGAGAAGUUCACAUUUGAGUUAUCAGUAUCUGAAUGUCAUAAAUUGACACAUCUCAGACUGAGAAUCAUGGAUACAGAGUUGUUUGCAAACAAUACUGGAUUUGUUGGUGAAGCCAAGGUUUAUGUCGAAGAAAUACUCGACGAAGGAAAUGAGACAGGGUUCAUAGAAUUGACACCAAAACCAUACAAUGUGGUUCUUGAUGACGAAACUUACAAAGGAGAGGUCAAGAUUGGACUCAAAUUCAUUUCAAAUACGGUCAUCAAUGAACGAGGGAGAGGACUUGCUGAUAUGGAAGGAGGUAUCGACGAUACAGUAUGGAAGAAGUUAGUGGAUUUCUGCAAAAUGACGUGGUUAAGCCUCCCUGUUUUGGGUAGAAAACUAAACCCUGAUGAGUAUAAGCGAAUUUAA